AGAUGAAAAACAAUAUUCUCUUACAUUACACAAUAUUUAUAAAAAUGUUGGUUUCUGCCUUUUGUUCAAAUUUGGAGAAAUAUUUUAGCUUUAGUGUUGCGGAAGUAAAAGAUAACGUGCGUACAAGUGACGAUUCGACAUUUUCUUUGUAGGUUUUAUUUUUUAUGUCUGAAGUUGAAAACACGACAUGAUCUACUGUUCGGAUGUGAAUGGUUCCAUUUCGGAUUUAUUCGAGUACGAAGAUUUUAAUCUGAGGUAGAAAAGAGCGUAACGUUGUAACACAUUUCGAUGGUGUAACAUGUGUUGAAAUAAUUAAACAAUGUAACUUAUUUUUAUUCCGAACCACUCAUUCAUCUUUUAUCUAUUCAAAAUAUCUUCAAUUCACGUAAAAGACAACUGAAGUCUAUUCACAAAAUAAAACGUUGAAAAUACACGUCAGAAUCAAAAUUGGGAUGUUAACAUAAAACUGAUGAAGCAACAGAUAUAUCACAAUCACCACAAGGCAAUUGAAACAGUACAAACUACAAUAACACAACAAUAAUUACAGUUGAGCCGUGAUCCCACUUGUCUAUGAUAGAGGUAAAACAUCAAAUUUUAAAAAGGCCUUUUAUAAGAAAGAAAAAGGACAAAUUAAACACAGAACUGUACACUUUCCCAAUUAACGAAAGUUUACAAUAAUAUAAGGGUUAUUUCAAUAUGGAUAAAACUUUGUGAAGAGUAAUUUUUCAAAGAAAAAGACACCAACAAACAUUUACUUUAAGAAAAUUGACUAAAAGCAGUUUGCUAUGGAAGACUAUGAUUUCGACGAGCUCAACUUUUUGCUCAGAGUGCACAUACACGCCGGAGAAAAUGGGGAGAUCUACGUUUCAAACAUAACUGAAGCCCACGACUUAACUAGCGAACAGGGAGCCGGUGAUAUGACCGCACACAGGAGGAUAGUCAGCAGUUCGGUCUUCGGGAGCAGAAGGAUUUGGAAGAAAAUCAGGCGAUUCCUGAUCGUCGUCACAGCCUCCAUGAUAGUACCAGCGCUUAUCCUGACAAGCUCAUUUAUGGUCGAUGACGGUUUUUUUCUUGGUGCCAAGUUCAAAGAUAAAGACACUUCGAUGGUUCGUAUUAAAUAUCACAUGAACCACUGCCUUGGGUCUAUCCACAAUUAUGUACAGAACAUGAGAAAUAUGAAAGAAGAAUUUAAUGAAUUGGAGCACAGCAAAGACAUGGAUAUAACAUAUUCAAGGCCAAUGAACGAAUUCCUAGAUGAACUCAGUUUAUUUUACAAUAAAUUGGUUUUAGACAUUGUGGAUUUAAAAGAAUUCACUGAUAAUUUACAAACAAGACCGAUCGAAAAUUUGUGAAAAAAUGUCAAAUGAAUAUCAAUUCAUUUAUUGACGUUCUACAAUAGAAGAAAAAUACCCAACACUUCGAACUUAUGACAUAAACGUGUGAACAACAUGAAAUCCAAAAAUUAAAAAAAAAGAAAAAAAAG